ACUAUACACGCUGGAUUUCCCCAAAACUACUGUAAUUUGGCAAUUUUAAACUCCUCGGCGACCGCAGAAGAUAUUCCAAUGGCUCGAGUUGCUUCCAAUCCCAUCGGACUCCAUAAAUUCCGGCCAUCUCAUUUUCAUCCGGCCACAACCUCCCUCAAUCCCUCCGUUCACUCUACCAAUAGAAAGCUUAGAUACCAGAAGUUGUACUGCCAAACUGAACCUAAUCCAACCGAGAUUGUGGAGUCUGGUACUGAUGUAGAUAACAAGAAUAUUGAAGAUACGAGUUCUCCAAGUGGUGUACCAUUUCCUGAACUACCCAACAAAAGCCUUAACAGGCGAAUUGCAAUUGUUUCAGUUCUUGGAGCAGUGGGUCUAUUCUUAUCAGGCAGACUUGAUUUUGGUGUUUCUUUGAAGGACCUUUCUGCCGCAGCAUUGCCUUAUGAAGAGGCCCUUUCGAACGGGAAGCCUACAGUUGUGGAGUUUUAUGCUGAUUGGUGUGAGGUAUGUCGUGAAUUAGCUCCAGAUGUUUACAAAGUGGAGCAACAGUACAAGGACCGAGUAAAUUUUGUCAUGCUUAAUGUCGACAACACAAAGUGGGAACAAGAACUAGACGAGUUUGGCGUCGAGGGUAUUCCACAUUUUGCAUUUCUAGACGGUAACGGUAACGAGGAAGGAAACGUUGUGGGAAAGCUUCCAAAAAAAUACUUCUUGGAAAACGUUGACGCACUUGCUUCGGGAAAACCCUCCAUCCCACACGCACGAGUUGUUGGUCAAUAUUCAAACGCAGAAGCUAGAAAAGUGCACCAAGUAACCGACCCGAGAAGUCAUGGCUAAACAAUCCAAACUAUUUAAUGUAUUUGUAAUGUAAUGAAAUAACAACAAUUACUUGUAUCAACUAUCAAACAUUCAGACCACACAAAAAUGUAAUGAAAUCACAUUUUCUUCACCUAA